UGCUGUUUUUUGUCAUCAUUAGUCAAGUGGUCUUAUCAGCUUCCUCCUCUGCCUGUUCCUGAUUGUCUUGAGAGUAGUCAAUCUUACGACUCCCUGCCAGCCAGGGAUAGAGGAGGAACAAUCCAAUCAGUAAUGGCAGGAACACUCCCACUUGAAUCAGCAUCACCAGAGUUAGACACCAAGAUGAAUAUCCCAACGUACAUUAGUGAUAGAGUUGAGACAAAGAAACUAAAACCAACAGUGAACUGGACAAAGUUAAGAGUGUGUCUAGGACUCCUGCAGAUUGGCUGGCAGUCACUGCAGUGUUUGCCAGUCACUAGGGAGUUGGGUAUCCAGUGACAGUGUUCCUCUGCAGACUCACACCUAUUGACUGCCAUCUGGUACACCUCUCCCUCCACCACCAGCAGACUCUGGACACUCACCAUCCCAGACUCUGAGAUGUUAGACUCUGCUAGCUCUAGUCUGUACUGGUCGGCCAGUUGUGGAUGGUGGAACAGACUGUGCUCUGUGCAGGGAUCACUGCCAAUGGCCUGCCAGUCUGUCAUUAUCAGCAGUGAUGUGAUCGUGCAUAUCA